CACAGUGUCCGCCCCGACGAGAACAGCGCCGGCGGGAUGCGUGUGGCGCCUCUCGACCAGCAGCGUGGGAUUACCUAACCGUUCCCCCUGUCAUUGUACGGCGAUCCACGGGGCUGAUGACAGCUCCACGUCCCAUCUGUUUGCAGGCAAAAAUCUGCAAGCCCGGCGCCGUUGGUGUUACCUCUUUUACGGGUUAUCAAAAAAAUGGGCUGGGCUGCUAAGAGCAGUAUGCCCCGCUUUUCCUACUGCCCACUCUUUAGCCCAUUGAACCUAGAGCCCCAUAAACUUGGUCUCUACAACCAGCAGAGGUGUGGUUUUCGUCGGGAAGCCAAAAGGCCGGACACAAAGAAAGGCAAUGUCAGCCAAGAAACAAACCCUUCAGCCCCUGAAGCCGGCACACCAGGGCGCCCACCUCCUCCCAGAAUCCCCAGGCCGACACUCUUCAAGCCGCUGAUGUUCACAGUAGGGUUUACAGGCUGCUCCUUUGGUGCGGCAGCCAUCCUGCAAUAUGAGACCCUGAAGUCAAGAGUUCAGACUGCAAAAGAUGAAGAGGAGUCAGAAAAAUUCUUACAGGGGUCCCAGGACAUGGCGUACUGGCAUGACUGGUGGAACCAGCUGUCAGGCUUCCAGCGACAGCUCAUCCUCCUGAUGUCCAUGGUGGAUGACUUCUGGAGCAGCCUCACAGAGGGACAGAGGACGGUCACAGGUAUUAUUGCAGUAAAUGCUGUGGUUCUGGGUUUGUGGCGGAUCCCUUCAAUGCAAAGAAGCAUGAUUAAGUACUUCACGUCCAACCCAGCCUCCAAAACGCGGUGCCUCCCCAUGGUCCUGUCCUCCUUCAGCCACUACUCCAUUAUCCACAUGGUGGCCAACAUGUAUGUCCUGUGGACAUUCUCCUCAGGAAUCGUUUCUCUCUUAGGGAAGGAGCAGUUUCUUGCAGUCUACCUGUCUGCCGGUGUGAUUUCCACAAUGGUUAGCUACAUGUGUAAAACAGCCUCUGGACGUCUCUAUCCAUCAUUAGGAGCAUCAGGUGCUGUCAUGGCGGUCCUGGCCGCAGUCUGUGCAAAGGUGCCAGAGGCCAAACUAGGCAUAAUCUUCCUCCCUAUGGUGACUUUCACAGCAGGAAAUGCUCUGAAAGCGCUCAUUGCCAUAGAUACCGCAGGGCUUAUACUGGGAUGGCGGCUCUUGGACCAUGCAGCUCACCUUGGUGGAGCCCUCUUUGGAGUAUGGUAUGUGGCAUACGGUCACAAACUCAUUUGGAGGAAGAGGGAGCCCCUUGUGAAGCUGUGGCAUGACAUGCGUUCUCCAGGUGCUGGUGGAUCCAGGCCUAGAGGUGGUCCUGGGGUCAGCGGUGGUGGUGGUGGGGACCCAGACCAGAAUAAAACACUGCAAGGUCCCUCUUUGAAAAAAUAACUGGAGUCUGCAGUUACCUCAAAAUAUGCAAGGACACUUUUAUCCACUGAGAUGGAAUGGGAUGUUAUCAUUUAUCAAUAAAUAUAGUUUUUCACUCUAGUUUAGUAAUGAGCAUAAGAUGAUUUAAUGGUAUGCAGAGACCUGAAAUUUGAAAAAACAAGUCAGACCUGAUGUUGCAAUCCAGAUGUUUACCUCGUGCAGUGAUUACAUCUGCUGGCCUACAAGUAACCCCUUCAAGCUAAAAAAUGGAAAUCUCAUCACUUUCCUACCUCUUAAUAAUCUGAAGAUGUUUAACCUUCAGCCUUCAUGUCAGUUUUUUUUUCCCUGGUCAUAUUAGUUAAAGAAAUUGUAUUAUUCUGGAUGGAAAAAUUAAGAGUGCUGAGCCAAUCAGAGGAUAAAAUCAGUUGCUGAAUUAAAGGUAAUAUACAGUC